AUGGGGUCAACAUCUGGUUACGCACAUCAAGGCGAACAUUCUAUACCCAUCGAUAUUUUAGAUGACUUAUGCAGCCGUUUUAUAAUAAAUCUGCCACAUGAGGACCGUGGUAAUCUGGUGCGAAUUUGCUUCCAAAUAGAGUUGGCGCACUGGUUUUAUUUAGAUUAUUAUUGUACGGAUGAAAGCAACCGACUACAUCCCUGUGGUAUUAGAGAGUUUGCGGCACAUAUUUUUCAACACGUCCCGCAACUCCGAGAGCAUGUGAGCAGUUUGGAUUCAGUGUUGGAGAACUGGCGCGAGUACAAACAGAUGGUGCCUACGUACGGCGCCAUCUUGUUGGACACAGAUCUCACGCACGUGUUGUUAGUCCAGUCCUACUGGACCAAGGCCUCCUGGGGCUUCCCUAAGGGGAAGAUCAAUGAGAGUGAGGAGCCAUGGAGAUGUGCUAUUAGGGAGGUCCUUGAAGAAACUGGUUUUGAUAUCAGUAAACUACUAAAUAAGAAUGAUUACAUAGAAGCUACUAUACACGAACAAACUGUCCGCCUUUAUAUUAUCGGAUACAUUCCUAGAGAUACCAAAUUCCAGCCGAGAACAAGGAAUGAAAUUAAAGCGUGUGAAUGGUUUCCAUUGGCCGAUUUGCCGGCCAAUAAGAAGGAUAUGACGCCGAAACUGAAGAUGGGCGUGAGUCCUAACGCGUUCUUCAUGGUGCUACCAUUCGUGAAACGUAUGCGGCGCUGGGUCGCCGAAAGGAACUCGAAAGUGUUCACGAAUACUCGAAGGACGCGCCACAAGUCAAUGGGAGACUUGGAGUCUACGUCGGCAACAAAAACUAAAGGAAAGCAAAUCUCUCAAGGGCUGCAGAAUGAAAUACAAGAGUAUCAGCAACUCAAUUGUAAUUCUGUGCCAAAACCGUUUAAGAACCAUGGUAAUCAUAAUAGCGGUAAUGCUAAUGUGCAUGGUAACAACAACACCCAUGGCAAUAUCCAUAAUCAUGGAUAUAACCAUGGGAAUAUGCCGAAAAAUACUCCUAAUCAAAAUAAUUCUAGGAAAGAUAGAAAGAUAGCUAAGCGUCAAUUGUUUACACCGCAGAACGCUCACGGAAGUCCUAACGUGAAUUUCUCUCCUGUUCAGAAAGACAGUAGUCCGCCUAUGGUAGCUACUAAUAAUCACGUUGAAUCUCCGGAUGACAGUGUUUUCUUUAACUUUGUGGCUCCGUCGUGGGCAAACUUUAAGUUUGACAGACGAGCCAUCCUCGAAUGCCUUACCUGA